CUUCCGAGCUCAUGGCUGGCAGCGACGUGGACAACGAAGGACGGGCGCGGAGGGUCGGCGCGGCGCGGCGUCCGGGGACUCUCGGCGGGUUGGGAAGCGAGGCGGCCGCCCGCUGCCCCAAGCCGCUGUCCACCGCUGAAGCGCUGGCCGAGGGCAGCGCGCUGCCCGCCUGGAUGCGCCUCUACUUCUAUGGGAUGCAUGGGAUCACCUUGGAUGUGCUGGUGUCCUCCGCGCGGCGCUUCACCCGCAAACCGGACCUCCAGAUGCUAGGCUUCUCCUCGCCCUAUCGCUGCCUCCUGCACUCGCUCACCCACUUCGCCCUGGAGAAGAUCUACCUGCAGCAGCCGCGCUGUCCCAGCGCCUUCAUCUUCAAUUUCCUCCUCUACCCCUCGGCCCACGUGGGGCUGCAGACCCUGGCGGGCCAGGCGCUGCUGCUCAGCCUGGGCGGUGGCACAGGGGUCGCGGUGGCGCCGGGGGUGCUGGACCUGGCGCUACAGUACUUGCUGUCACUUUACCACUGCCAAGUGUUCCUGAAGCGCUUUCUGCGCCUGCGGUACCGGGAACACAGGCGCCAGAAGCACCAGCAGCCGCCGCCGCAGCAGCCGCAGGAUGCGCUACCCGCCCCUACUGGCGUCCGGGCUCCUCCGGCGGCUAGCGGCAGACGACGAUGGCCCAGCGGCCUCAGGGGCACCAGAGGAGCUCCUAGUCAGGGCCUGCCGGACCUGCUCCGCUUUCUUUUCUUCGGAAUGCAUGGCUUUCUGGAUGAAAUCUUCUUUACUUUCUUCUUUAAUGUGCUGGGGCAGGGGGACGGGGCAAGCAGUGGCCACACAUCGCUCUGGUCCUUUUUUAUGUAUGGCAGCUGCAGUUUCGUGGUGGAAAAGCUCUACUUCCACUUACACUACAGCCGUGGUUGGGGCACCUGGAAGCGGGUGCCCAUCUACGUGAUUUUCAUCUAUGCGUGGGAGCUGGCCUGGGGUCUGGGACUUCGCAUGUGCGGGGCUUGUUCUUGGGACUAUUCUCACUAUCCGCUCAACUUCAUGGGCCUCAUCACCCUGAUGUAUCUACCUGGUUGGAUAUUUCUCAGUGUGUACCAGGACCUAAUUUCCAACGUGCUGUGGCAGGUGCACUACGUGCCAACUAACUAAGACCAAAAAAAAAGAGAAAGUCAUCGGAAUCGCACGU